CCGCGCGCGCGCACGCAGGCAUUAUGCUCAAGAUAAUUCUAGUCCUUUUAUUUGCGUGCGCGAUCGUCGCCGAAAACAAUGACACAGAUAUCGAUAAGCAGGUCCUAAAACGCCUAGCCACAGUUAUAGGUGAUACCAAGAAUGUUGAUCCUAGGGACGUCAGCCGAUUAUAUCGUACCGCGCAAAUUUUGGGUAUCGAUAAGGAAUUGGUUGAUAAAAUAUUCGAGAGGGUCAAUGAGUCGGAUCGAGUAAUCCACAAGGAUAAGGGUUAUAAUGUCUAUUCGGACGCGGAUAAGGGUCCCCUGGGAGAGUCUCCUGAUUACGCGUCGUCAGUGGUUCUGGCCAGCGAUUUGCUGUCUUUAACGAGUGCUGUCAGCAAUGUGGCUGAUAAACUGUGCAGGGAACAGGGCUAUCGGUUCCUGGAUGGGUUGCUGUCGAACAAACGAUGGGCUUUGAAAAUGUUCGACGCGUCAGCCAAGUCUCCACAAGGCCUGCUAUUCGGCUCCUCCUACCAUCUCGGCAACUUUGACGAAUGUAUGGACAUCGACGAGCCAGGAGAGGGUCUCACUGUGGAGGGACAGUACUGCCUGGCUACUAUCAAGUGGAGGGAGGGGGAGGAGAGUAAAAAGAUUCGUACAGGCCGUGGAGAGAGUCUAAGAUGGGCUGUCUGCGUACCAAGCUCCUGCGAUGCGAGAUCUGUGGCGCGAUUCGUUGGCGAUGUUUUGUCACAUUCUGUGGGCAACACCACUAAAGUGGAGGUCACUGAAAAGGACUGUUACACGCGCCGACCGCUAAGUGUCAACAAACUUGAUAUUAGCUUUUUAGUGCUCAUUCUAUUCUUCGCUCUAAUCCUCACUAUAUCUACCUCCUACGAGAUCUAUGCGAUCCGCAGCAACAAGAAGGAAACUAACAUGCACAACCUCAUAAUCUCCUUCUCCCUCAUCAACAACAUCAAGAAGAUCCUCUCAACGAAGCAGAACAACGGUCUGGGUCUGGAAUGCAUUGCUGGGAUCAAGGCUUUGGCCAUGGUGUUCAUUAUUACUGGCCAUGCGUGUCUGUUUAUCGGCAGUGGUCCUGUUAUGGACGCGAAGGCUUGGGAUCGGCUAAUCCAAGAUCCUGUAAACGCGUUCAUGUUGAACAAUACGCUAUUGGUUGAUACCUUCUUGUUCCUGAGUGCGUUCCUCUUUAGUCGCCUGAUGUUGAUUGAACUGGACAAGAGGAGAGGGAGGUUGAAUGUGAUACCCAUAUUGGUAUUUCGAUACAUCAGAGUAACACCAGCAUACUUCGUGGUGAUAUUCUUCUAUAUGACAUGGUUGCCCAAGAUUGGAGAAGGUCCCUUAUGGGAGAACAGGAUUCAGUUGGAACAAGAAAGAUGCAUGGAUAGCUGGUGGACUAAUAUAUUGUAUAUUAAUAAUUAUCUCAAGACUGAUAGAAUGUGCAUGUUCCAGUCCUGGUAUCUAUCUGUAGAUACGCAGUUGUUCUUCGUGGCUCCCUUGUUUAUUUAUAGUCUGUGGCACUGGCGGAGAUUUGGCCCUAUCCUAAUGGCCAUUGCUACAAUUGCGUCUCUUGUUAUUCCUUCAGUAAUCACUUAUAGAGACCAUUUGGAUCCGACUUUCUUGUUCUAUGCUAAGGAGUUUACUGAUUUUGCGACCAAUUUCUACUUCAUUGAGGCUUAUAUAAAAACUCAUAUGAAGAUGACGCCGUAUUUCAUGGGUUUGCUGACUGGUUAUAUUUUACAUCGCAUUCAGGUACAAAACUACGAAUUCUCGAACCUUCUAAAAACAUUUGGAUGGACAACGAGCAUCAUAUUAGGUACCGUUACCACCUUCUCCGUCAGCUUAUUCUACCAGGACUGGUACCAAUAUAGCACGAUAGAGGCUGCGGCCUAUAUCUCUUUGCAUAAGUUUGCUUGGAGCAUAGCAAAUGGUUGGUUGAUUAUUGCAUGCGCUACGGGUAAUGGAGGUAUACUGGGUAAAUUCUUAUCCUGGCGGUUUUUAGUGCCCAUAGCGAAGUUAACUUUCUGUGCCUAUUUGGUGAAUGGAAUAAUUGAACUGUACUAUGUUGGACAAUUAAGACAUCCAUUGCAUAUAACAUUCUUUACUAUAGCGGCCAAUGCAAUCUCGCAUUUGGUUUUGACGUUCUUCCUUGCGCUCAUACUGUGCGUUACCUUCGAGUCGCCACUGCACGGCAUCGAGAAAAUACUCCUCAGAAUGUUUGCUCGACCAGUGCUAAGCGACAAUGCAAACGCUCGGAAGACGGAUUCAGACGAAUUCUCACGAAACACUAGUCAAAGUAGGCUGGAUUCAUAACGGUAGUUUAAUUGUGAUAGAUUUGCCACAAAAUAACUGUUUUUUACCAAAAUAAUUUUUUUAUAUCGAUUCUAGUGAGGUACCUAUAUCUAUCGAUGAAUAUAAUUUUAACGACGUAAAGUAUUUUACUAUAUUAUAGAUUAUAAUAUAAUAUAGAUUGAAAUCUAUAAAGUAUAGACUUAGGGGGAAAAAAUAUUUUUGCAGUCUUACUAUAAAAUUCAAAUGAAAAUCUAAUGGAAUUUAUACGGACUCUCAAUGAUUUAAGAUUACAUAUUCUGAAUAUGUUAGUAAAAAAAUCAAAUUUUGAUGGUGUCGGGAAUCAAUUUGAUUGAAAAUACGGGCUACUAAGCACUCUCUCUUUUAGGGGCAGUAUUAUAGUUUAAAUUAGAUGCUCGUUAUAAACGCGACUGUGUCUGUGACUGUGUCGGCAUUAUAACGAACUUCAAAUAAUUUCGCUAAAGAAAUUGUAAAUAACGUUAGCAUAAAUUUUUGUACAAAUAUACCUAAGAUACUUUUUUAGAAUUUUAUACGUGCAGUUAAAAUAGUUUUUAUAAAAAUUAUAUAAUUUCAAGUUAAUUACUUUAAUAUUACGCGAUAAUCUGAUUUAAGUCUGUUUAGGAGGUUUAGGUCAUACAGGGUGUCCCACUGUUGGUAUACUAAGCUCAAAGGAGGUUAUAGUUUUGCAUACGCUAAGUACCUACGUUUUGCAGACGCAUUUUUUUUCAAAUAGAUGAAUUCUUAAAACUCUAUAUGUACACCCAUAACAUGCAACCCACCCAGCUUUGCUACCAGCUCGUGACCUAUCGUUUAAGAUUAUGUUUUCAUAGACAAAAUGCUCACAUUAGCGAAGCCGUAUAUGCCGGCUGCGCGAAGUUAGAGAAGAAAACAUGGAUUUUCAGGAAAAAAUUAGCAACAA